UUAGUGAUUCUAACGAGUUGGUUUCAAUACGGAUCGUGUAGAGAUGAAGAUAAAAUUAUGAAAGCAUGCUAUUGGCCAAACGAGGCGUAUGAGCCGUGUUUUGGCGGGUGUGCUGAGGUGUCGUGCGACAACCCUCGCAACCACCUGCGUCCGUGCUACCCCUACUGCGAGCCUGGAUGUGUGUGUGAAGAGCCAUAUGUCCGUGAUGACCGGACCCAUCAGUGUGUGCUGCCUCCGGAUUGCUCACCAACGCAAAUGGGAAUACCAGUACCAGCAAAGAGGGCACAAGAUAAACCAAAAUACCAAAAUAGAGUGGCUCGGGCUCACUCUAAGCGCUCAGAUCGCACAGAUACAGAAGCAAUGGAAUUUGUAGAAAAUGAUGUAGCAAACACUAUUAGCAACAAUGCACCUAUCAGUGUCAGCACCAAUGUGAACCCUAAAGCCGAUGACUCAUUUAAACAGCGCGGCAACGAAGUGUCUCGCAUGGAUAAUAUCGUAGCAAUGGCAACAAGAGCUCUUGGUUACGAUUAUGAAGAAGUUGAUACCAACAAAAGACACUCACUGUUAGACGAAAGAAGAAAUUGGAGGAAGAAAGCUUUAAUGAAACCCAUAGAAGAAACCAAGGAUUGGGAUAGAAGGAGACACGAGUAUGAUACUAGAGAUCCAAGAGAGCGAGACAGGUAUAUGGAUGAGCCAGAAACAAAGGCGUUCGGAGGAGCAAUGGACAGACCGAGAGACAAUGUGGACAGGCAGAGAGAAAUGGACAGGCAGAGAGAUAUGGACAGGCAAAGAGAUAUGGAUAGACAAAGAGACAUGGAUAGACAAAAGGAUAUGGACAGGCAAAGAGAUAUGGACAGACAAAAGGAUAUGGACAGGCAAAGAGAUAUGGACAGACAAAAGGAUAUGGACAGGCAAAGAGAUAUGGACAGACAAAGAGACAUGGAUAGACAAAGAGAUAUAGACGUGUCAUCCCCGUACAGACCAGGACAAAGGCAUUACGAAGAUGAGAAAGUAAAUCCACAGCAAAUAUUAAAAAGUUCAGAAGUGACCCAUACAAUGUCAUACUUGGAUGACAGGAAAGAUAUUGAGAGGGAUAAGAAGCCACAGUCGUCCAUGAACUGCGAGCGACCGCACGAAAGGUACGAAGCAUGCUUUGCGGGCUGCGCAUCGGUGACUUGUGACAACCCUCGCGACCGCCUGCGACCCUGCUACCCAUUCUGUGAGCCUGGCUGUAUUUGCGUACACCCCUACGUACGCGAUGACAGGACACACAAAUGCGUACUACCCGAAGAAUGCACCAAAGGCCUCAAAGGAAUCCCAGAUCUAGGCGACGAUAUUUAAGUGAAAUAAUAAAAUGUUAUAUACGAUUGUUAUACGAUUGUAACACCUAAU